CUUCACUCCAGCUCCCACUGCACAGAGGGAUAGGGGCGUGUGUGUAGAUUGUGAAUUCUGUGUAUAUGCAAGAGAGACAAAGGCUGACAGCACCAUGACAUCUGUGCUGGACAGCCUGGGGCCCUCUUGGGCCUGGCUGCAUGUGGACAUCUAUCAGAUCUUUUACCUGGCUGCUGUUUUUUGCCUGAUCUAUGUGCUGCUGAAAGUGAUCCAGUUGUGUCGGAGGAGACAGCAACUGCUCAAAGCCCUCGAUUGUUUCCCAGGCCCACCGAGGCACUGGCUGUACGGCCAUGCCCAUGAGCUUCAAGAUCAAGAACUCAACAAGAUCAUAUCUUGGGUAGAGAAAUACCCAUGUGCUCACUCAGUAUGGUUUGGAGGUUUCUUAGGAUUCCUGAAUAUCUACCACCCCGAAUACGCCAAGGCCGUAUAUAGCAGAGGAGAUCCUAAGGCUGGUGAUUUCUAUGAUUUCUUUGUCCCAUGGACUGGGAAAGGAUUAAUCGUUUUACAUGGACCAAAGUGGUUCCAGCACCGUAGACUGCUGACUCCUGCAUUUCAUAAUGAUAUUUUGAAAACUUAUGUGUCGUUGAUGGCAGAUUCCACCAAGGUGAUGUUGGAUAAAUGGGAAAAGCGGAUAACAAAGGACAAGUCGCUGGAUAUCUUUGAGGACGUUGGCUUGAUGGCUUUAGAUAGCAUGCUGAAAUGUACCUUCAGUUAUCAAAGCAACUGCCAGAACAGCGAGAACACAUUUCUCACAGCUAUACGUCAGCUCACAGCCAUGGUACAAGAGAGAACAAGGACGUUUCUGUACCACAAUGACCUCAUCUACUGGUUCAGUUCCCCUGGGCGUCGCUUCCGGAAUGCCUGCAGAAUAGUCCAUUGCCAUACAGAGAAGGUGAUCAAGGAGAGAAAGGAGUGGCUCAAGGAUGAGCGAGAGCUCGAAAAGAUCCAGAAGAAGAGGCGCCUGGACUUUCUGGAUAUUCUUCUAUGUGCCAAGGAUGAAAAUGGAGAAGGAUUACCUGAUGAAGAUCUACGUGCCGAGGCAGACACUUUCAUGUUUGGAGGUCAUGACACCACAGCCACUGGGAUCUCCUGGCUCUUAUACUGCAUGGCCCUGCACCCAGAGUACCAGCAGAGAUGCAGGGAGGAGAUCAAGGAGAUUCUGGGAGACAGAGAGACCAUUCACUGGAAUGACCUUAGUAACAUGCCCUACACCACCAUGUGCAUUAAAGAGAGUCUUCGCCUUUACCCUCCGGUACCUCAAGUGUAUCGACAACUCAACCAACCAGUCACAUUUUUUGAUGGGAGGACUUUGCCAGAAGGUAGCUUAGUGUCUCUGCACAUUUACGCUCUUCACAGAAACCCCACAGUAUGGAAAGAUCCAGAGGUGUUUGACCCCCUGAGAUUUUCACAAGACAACUUCUCUGAUCAGCAUCCCUUCGCCUUUAUGCCCUUUGCUGCUGGACCACGCAACUGCAUCGGGCAGCAGUUUGCCAUGACUGAGUUGAAAGUGGCUCUUGCUCUAACCCUCCUCCGCUUCGAACUCGCACCUGACCUGACUACACCUCCUAAUGAAGUAACUCAGCUUAUCCUGCGCUCCAUGACUGGAAUACACUUGCAGUUAAAGAAACUUUCCUAAUAUCUUUGAUAUUUCAUGCUGAAACUAUCUUUGAUACUUUUUUCAGCAAAGCUUGCAAGUCACAAGACUUUUUUAGUAGAUUUGCUCAUCUUAAAUCUGAGGAACAGUAAGUUACCGUACUAGUGUGUGUGGGGCAGGGGGAUAGAGACAUUCUUUAAGGGUGAGGCUGGGUGGAGACCUUCUUAUGGGGCCUGAUCCUCAGCCAAUGUAAAGUGACAUAGCUUCAUUGACUUGGAGCUAUGCCGAUAUACACCAGGUGAGAAUUUGGUCUAUGAUAUUUAUAAAUAUGCCAUAGACUGUGACACGAACGAAACUACAACAGGAAAUCACUGGUUUUGAAAUCCAGUGCAGGGAGGGCAUAAUUAUAUUCUGUAUAGAGAAACUUUUCUCUCUUUUGGUUUUUCAAAUGUCCUUUGUCUACUCCUUCCCACCCACCUUACAAAGCAACAAGGAUCUUAAUGUUAUGUCUGCCAGUGUAAAGAGGGGGGAGUAUUUUCCUCUUCGCUCUAGGAGGUGAGCUUCCUAUUAAUUUUUGG